ACCAUGUAGCUUCUUGUGUUUGGAAUUAAAGACAGAACACGUGUAUCAGAGCGUCGGAUUAACAAAGCGUCGUGAGAGAGAAAAACGAUGUAUUCAUCAAAGUAUGUGAUUAAAACCGAAGGUCGUUCCGCACGUCCGGAUUUCGGAGAAGUACGGUUGGCUAUAAACCCGGACAGACAGACAUUGGUUUCGGUAACACCAGGCACGGAGGGUUCAGUGACGUCAUACCAGGGACGGAAUUCACGAGAUGUCCCCAUGCUGGCACAUGCAUUUAAACCAGAUGUCAGCGGACAGCCAUCUUUGAAUAAAUCAAACGAAAAGAAAAAAUUAAAACCAACCAAUUCCAUUACAGGAGGUACGAAAUAUUCUGCCAUUGCAAACGAAACCAAAUCAGACUUCAUGGUUAGGCCAUCUUGGAAUAAAAUUAAAACCGAAUCAGUUUCGGAUGGAAAGUUUGGAUCAGGUUAUGCCAGUUCUAACAGAAAAACAGUUCCUUCAUCAUACUGGGACAAACCUCCUGCACAAAGCUUGGAUGCUGGUUCUGUCAAUUCUAAGAUUCAUGGCCGACCAAUGUCUUCGCUUCCUUUGAAUGAUCAUACAAAUAAAUUCACAUCGGAUUUAUAUACUCCAAAAGGACUGAUGCGUACAUUUGACCAGCCUUCUAAAACAAGUAUAUCGGAGAAUUCUUCGCCAAAGACAAAGAUCAGAGAAACUUGGAAAAAAGAUGCAAGUGGGAAGGACUUAAAUCCAACUCCAUCAAAGUUGCCAUGGCAACGAACUCAGAAGGCGAACAUGGCUGACAAAGGCUUUGUUGACGAGGUAGUAAAGGCUCAUAACAUUUAUAGAGCUAGACACCAGUCUGGACCAAUCGUCCAUUCUCAGGAACUCACUAGUGUCGCCCAACGCUGGGCUGACCACCUGGCCAAGACAGACGGCUUUCAACACAGCGACUGCAACUGUAAUGGGAAAAGAAUCGGGGAAAACAUUGCCAUGAAAUGGACAUCAGGUCCCGAUAAUUACACAGGCCAAGAGGUCACUGACCAGUGGUACGGCGAGGUCAAGAUGUACACUUUUGGAAGCGCACAGCCAGUCUCAGGCACAGGUCAUUUCACUCAAGUCGUAUGGAAGGGGAGUGAUGAGAUAGGUGUAGGAAAGGCGCGAACAAAAGAUGGCAAAAUAUUAGUGGUAGCCAACUACAGACCAGCCGGGAACAUGCUUGGUGCUUUUCAGGAAAAUGUACUUCCGCCAAAAGACGGAAAAAUCGACCUCUCAUCAGAAAAAGGGCAAGUAGGUGUUGAUCACAAACAGGAAUCUGUGCCAUUUUCUAGUCGAUUCGAAAAUAAGAAUACUCCCUCUAACAUGGCAAGCCGAGGUGGAGAGUCCCGUUCCGUCCGUACAUUCACGGAAACUACCGGAAGUGGUGCUAACAAGGUCACAAAGACGGUUGUCGAGGAAACCAUUAUCAAAGCAGAUGGAAGCAAGACCACCAACAGGAAAGAAACCAUUACCACAGGGGAUUCCGGGACAACAAAUAUGAAGUCAAUUGGUGACAAGGACAAAAAAGAAAAAGGAGGAGCCUUUGGGGACGACAUACCCAUCCAGGAUCUCCGUGUUAAGGAUGAUGACUUCUUUAAAAAGGACAAAAAAGGCAAGAGAUCGUCGAGCAGUUCGUCGGACUCGAGCCCAGAACGAGAGAAGAAACCACAAAAAAUCAAAGAGUUUAUUGAUGACGCUGUGAAAACACACAACGAACUCAGAAAAAAGCAUGGUGUUUCUCCUCUAUCGCACGACAAAAGUCUGUCAGAAUACGCCCAAAAGUGGGCGGAACAUCUCGCCGCGACCAACUCAUUCCAGCAUAGUGAGUGUCAGCAUAAGGGAGAUAGAUUAGGAGAGAAUAUCGCCUGUAAAUGGUCAUCAGGAUCGGCGGAUUAUUCCGGGAAGGACGUGACUGAAUACUGGUACAGCGAGAUAGAAAAACACGAUUUCAGCAGUGAACCGCGCACUUUAGGAUCCGGACAUUUCACGCAGGUUGUAUGGAAAGGAAGUAAAAAAAUGGGAAUCGGCAAAGCAAAGAGUUCAGGUGGAAAGGUUCUUGUUGUUGCGAGCUAUUACCCAGCCGGAAAUCUAGUCGGCACGUUUGUAGAAAAUGUUCCAAGACCGAAAAAGUAAAAAAAGAAAAUCAGAAUGUGUGAAUCGGUUGUCAUAUCUUUAGUUUACAUUUUCAAUGAUGCAUGGAGUUAUCAGAUCGAAUGAAAAAUCUUACCUCCAUGAAUCAAAUAUAUUUCAAAACUUCCAUACCAACUUGUUAUUCUUCAAGAGUCACUUAAUAAUAAGAUAAAAUAAUAAAACCCCUCUCAUAAAAAAAAAAAAAAA